AUGGACUACUCUCGGCCAAUAUGUGCCCUCCUUGCUCUAGUAGUUUUCUACUUAUCACACCUCGCACAAUGCACGAAUGCGAAGAUAAACUUCAGGGAGAAAGAAAAACAAAUUCUGGACCAGAUUCUAGGUCCAGGGAGAUACGACGCUCGAAUCAGACCUUCCGGUAUCAAUGGCACUGAUGGACCCGCCGUAGUAAAUAUAAACCUGUUCGUCAGAAGUAUAACAACUAUAAGCGACAUUAAGAUGGUUAGUAACAACAAAGGCGAUGCGCCAACGUUUGUACACGUCAACAUGUUUCUACGAUCCAUCAGCAAAAUAGAUGAUUACAAGAUGGAAUACUCAGUUCAGCUGACGUUCAGAGAACAAUGGUUGGACGAGAGAUUGAAGUUCAAUAAUUUGGGAGGACGUCUGAAAUACUUAACACUAACCGAAGCGAACAGAGUAUGGAUGCCUGACCUCUUCUUCUCCAACGAGAAGGAGGGUCACUUCCACAACAUCAUCAUGCCAAACGUGUACAUCAGAAUCUUCCCCAAUGGCAAUGUGCUGUACAGCAUCCGUAUCUCUCUCACGCUCUCCUGUCCGAUGAACCUGAAGUUGUACCCACUGGAUAAGCAGACUUGCUCGCUGAGGAUGGCUAGCUACGGCUGGACGACAGAUGAUCUCGUGUUCCUGUGGAAGGAAGGUGACCCAGUCCAGGUUGUGAAAAACCUUCAUCUGCCUCGCUUUACCCUCGAGAAAUUUUUAACUGAUUAUUGUAACAGUAAAACUAAUACAGGCGAAUACAGUUGCUUGAAAGUGGAUCUUCUUUUUAAGAGAGAGUUCAGUUACUACCUCAUUCAGAUCUAUAUACCUUGCUGCAUGUUAGUAAUCGUCUCCUGGGUGUCUUUCUGGCUCGACCAAGGAGCGGUCCCGGCGAGAGUCUCAUUGGGAGUAACGACACUUUUAACUAUGGCGACUCAGUCGUCAGGAAUCAACGCGUCGCUCCCUCCAGUCUCUUACACAAAGGCCAUCGAUGUCUGGACUGGAGUAUGCCUCACGUUCGUGUUUGGAGCCUUGCUUGAGUUCGCUCUAGUGAACUAUGCAUCUCGCUCUGACAUGCACCGGGAGAAUAUGAAGAAAACGAGACGGGAGAUGGAGGCAGCUGCAAGUAUGGAUGCGGCCUCCGAUCUCCUUGACACAGAUAGUAACACAACGUUUGCAAUGAAACCGCUGGUGCGCGGCAACAACGACAAGAUGCGGCAAUGUGAGAUCCACAUGACUCCGCCAAAGAAGAACUGCUGCAGAAUCUGGAUGUCCAAGUUCCCGACGCGCUCUAAGAGGAUAGACGUGAUCUCGCGUAUAACUUUCCCGCUAGUUUUUGCGCUCUUCAACUUGGCCUACUGGUCGACCUACCUAUUCCGCGACGAGGAAGAACAAAAGUGA